AUGGAAAAUAUUAGCGAUAACAUAGAUACAAUAUAUCGUUAUUAUGAUGCUAGUGGAGAACCAUGUACUAUGCUAGCGCCUAUCCAUGGAUUCGAUAAAAAACCUUUAGUAUCACUUGAACAAGCUGUCGAACAACUUAUUCCAAUUAUUCCCGAUAUUCAAAUAAAAGUUGAUAAGGCUAAAAAGCGUGCUACAAAUAAUCCUGAAAAUGAUCUUUCAAUUGAUGAAGCAGCAGCAAUAACAUUAUAUACAAUGGAAUGGGAUCCAUAUACAAAUUCACUUUAUUAUAUUCUUAAUUCAACAUUACGUGAAGAAGAUCGAUCAUUGUUAAAAUCAUGGUUUUUAUAUCUUAAACUUCUUAUUACUGCAUUAUCACGUCUUCCAACAAUUAGUCGUAAUGUUUAUCGUGCAGUUGUAUUACCCAAUUGUGAUAAAUAUCAACAAGAAGAUACUAUUGUUUGGUGGGGUUUUUCAUCAUGUUCAAUAGAUCCAGAUAUUCCAGCAAAUGAACAAUUUUUUCGUGAAAAUGAUGGUGAACGAAUACUUUUUAUUAUUAAUUGUUUAGCAGGAAAAAAUAUAAGUAAAUAUUCAUUUUUUCAAAGAGAAAAUGAAAUAUUACUUUUACCUGCAACAACAUUAAAAGUUGUUAAAUAUUCACAUGAUAGAAAUAGUUUUAAAACAAUUUAUUUGAAAGAAAUUCAAUCAUUAUAUCCACUUAUAGAUCUUCCAAUAACUGAAACAGAAAAUAAAAAAGCAGAAACUUCUUCACUAUUACAUAAUAUACGAACAUUAAUAACAACAUCUAAAUUACAUUUUAAUUCAAGAAUUGAUAAAGAAAUAGCUCGAUUAAAUGAUCGUUCAUUAGCAUGUUUAUUUCGAAAACGUUUUACAGAUAAUGAUUUAGAAAUUAUUGUUAAAGAAGUAAUUUUAAACAAACAAUGUCGUGUACUUUCUUUAAGAGGAGGUGGAAUAACAUCACAGGGUGCAACAAUCAUUAGUAACUCUUUAGAAUCUAAUGGUACAUUAGAAGAAUUAUAUUUAAACGGUAUUACUAUUGGUGAUGCUGGUGCUGAAGCUCUUGCAAACGUUCUUUCAAAUGGAAUUAAUUCAUAUUUGAAACGACUUUGUCUUAAUGAUAGUGGUAUAACAGAUAACGGUGCUAAACAUUUAGCAAUUAUGUUAAAAGGAAAUAAAUCAUUAACUCAUUUAUGGUUGCCAAGCAAUCAUAUAAAUGAUCAAGGAAUACAAUGUUUAACUAGAGAACUUAUUAAUAAUAAUAAUACACUUCAAGAACUUUGUCUUGAAUGGAAUAAAUUUACAAAAACUGAAACUGUUGAUAUACUUAUGGAAAUGAUUGAAAAAAAUCAAACAUUAAGAAAAAUUAAUCUGAAUGGACACAGUUUAUCUCGAGCUGAUAAUAAAAGACUACACAUGAUUGCACAAACAAAGAAAAAUUGUGAAAUAAGAAUACAUUAA